AUGACAUCCGAUAACGCGUACGAAGUGCACGUGCUGCCGAGUUUCGUGCCCGUGUUCUGGUGCUUUGCCGGCGUCAGCGUCGGGCUGUGUUACUACGCGCUGCAGUAUGCUGCGAAAUACUCCACAACGGCUGCGUUUCUCCUGACGCCCUUCAUCUGUGUGUGCUUAGUCUUCGAUAACGCCGUCAUGGCUUCGACUGGCAUCGACCGUCGACGCACCAGUACGCAAGCCAUGUUGGCUUUCCACGCGUGUGUGACGCCCAUGCUCUUGUUAGUCUGCUACGAGCUCUCCUACUUGGUGCACAAGCAGAGAGCUGUUGCCUUCUGUGGCAUUACGUUUGACCGCAGUUGCGAUUAUAGUGGCAAUGAGGCGGCCGUUGGUUCGCGUAUGGCGAACAAACGUCGUGGCUUGUGGCUAUCGACGUGCUUGCGGAUUCUUGUGUGGCUCGUGGCUUGUGGCUUGUUAGUGUUGAAUUUGCUCGUGGCGUACCACUGGGCAUCCAACCUGUCGCCAGAAGUCACGAGUCUAUACGCCAUUCAGGGCGACAAUGUGGCUCAUGCGGUGAGCGCCAUUGUCCCGGCAGUCGUUCUUGUCAUAUUGGCACUCUAUGUUGGACUGCAGCUGUGGAACUACGGCACGCAUUACUCGUACACGGUACACGCAACGUGCUGCAAUCCGUGGAUCUGGAUGCUCGUGGGUGCCAUUGCACUACUUGUUGGCUACCUCAUGCCGUCUCCACUCUACGCGCUGUCUUCAAACGCCGGCGAAGUCGUCAUGAUGGCUACCAUCGUGCGCAUGUUUCGCGAAGUGCACGAUGACAUACAGCAAGGACUUCAGUUUGGCGAGUUUGUGACUUCGGAAGGUGCCGCGAGUCCCCGUCAAGGCUUGCCACAUCUCAAUGCGUGUCUAAUGAGCUGGCACAAGAGCGCGGGCCCGAGCAAAACAGAUGCCGAGCAACCGAUCGGGUACACAGCCUUGUCAACUCCAAACGAGAGGCCAUUUCCUGUCACACUGGCCCAUUCCUUACGCCGGGAUCAAGCGAGAUACGCAACAUCCAGCGCAAAUGCUGCCAACCUUUCGGUUGUCGUGGAUGGCGAGCGUACGAAUCAAGUGCCGUGCUAG